UUUAAGCCUUUCCCAUGUUGUCUUUUCUAAAAGUAACCCUAAACAUGCCAUCUUCUAAUAAUCUUUUCUUCUUUUGAAAAAUUUAUCUUUUGAGAAGUCAUAUGUCUUUGCCUUUAUUGUCAUUGAUGAGCCACUGAUGAGUCAGGCAAUCAAUAAGUUAAAAAGAUUCACCAACUACUUUUAUACCCCCGCCUUUAAAUACACCUCCUCAUCAACCUUAAUUGGCAUCAUCAAACUCGAGUUUCAUAGUUCCUCAGAGAUUGAAGAACAAUUCUAAACUCAUCUCUAAGCACAGGAAGCGAAUUCCCUUAGCAUAUCGUUGAAAAUGAAAACAUCGGUUCGCGGACAAGUUAUUGGCAUUCCAAUAAGAUCAAUUGCUUAUCCACUAGAUCAGAGGUCUCCAAAUCCACUCCUGACUGACAUAGCUGCACAAUAUCGUAACGAUCGGUUUCUUGACGAUGGAUCUUCUGCUUCGAAAAGAAGUAGAGUAGAUUUAGUGCUGAGCAGAAUGAACAAGCUCGGAAAGAAAGCGGACAGCUUUGCACAUGGAAUCAAAGAGCAUGCCGGACUAGGGGCUAAGAUCACUGAAACUGUGAAAGGGAAGCUGAGCUUGGGAGCUCGGAUUCUUCAAGUUGGUGGAUUUGAGAAAAUCUUUAAGCAAUUAUUUAGUGUCACAGAAGGAGAGAAACUAUUAAAAGCUUCUCGAUGCUAUUUGUCAACCACAGCCGGUCCUAUAGCCGGCCUUCUCUUCAUCUCCUCGGAGAAAAUCGCGUUUUGCAGCAAAAAAUCGAUCAAGUUUUCGUCGCCAAACGGAGAGCUAACUAGAGCCCGUUAUAAGGUUGUGAUCCCAGUAAGCAAGAUAAAGAGAGUCAACCAAAGUGUGAAUGUAAAGAAGCCGUCACAAAAGUACAUAGAAAUAGUCACAGUUGAUAACUUUGAUUUCUGGUUUAUGGGUUUCUUGAAUUACAAGAAAGCCUUCAAGAAUCUUCAACAAGCAGUUUCUCAAGUUUAGAGAGCGUUGCGUCUUGCAACCUCAGCAUGAGCCCUUUUGAAAUUCGCAGGGUUGCCUAUUUCAUGCAAAACUGCUUUUAAAUAUGUAAUUUGUAUGUGAACCUAGUAUCAGCUCAAUACGAUCAAUUGUACAAAUUUUAUAAAAGAAUCUGUUAUU